AUGCUUGGUGCGCAGGCCAGUGAAAAACCGACCCCUUUUGACGACUGCAGAGAAUUGGUUCGGCGAUACUUUGUGGAGAACUCUUAUUUUGGAUACUUUGUGAUCUCGUUCAUCGUUCUGAACUCCUUAAUGAUGGGCAUCCAAGCAGAUUGGAUGGUCACCCAUAUUGGGCAACAGGCUCCAGUGUGGUUUGACGUUUUUGAGUACAUUUUUGCUGUGGUCUUUACCUGGGAGCUUGUGAUGCGAAUCCUGGUCUACAACAUCAAGUUUUUCCGGAUGCCUGAUUGGAAAUGGAACAUCUUCGACUCGGUGGUGGUUGGCCUGCAAGUCUUUGACAUCAUCACAACUUUAGCUAUUGGGACUGGUGGCAAUGGCAACCUCAAUUUCAUGAGGCUAGUUCGUCUCUUGAGACUCUUGCGCAUCCUACGGCUCAUGCGCGUUCUACGAUUCGUGCAGGAGCUUCGAUCAAUGGUCAUGUCCAUAGCAGCAUCGUUGAAGUCUCUCAUGUGGACCAUUAUACUGCUGGCUUUCUUGAUGUAUGGUGUUGGAGUUUGCCUCAUUCAAAUGGUUGCGGACAAGGGUUUAGAUGAGCCGCGCAUCUUUGAGAUUGCGCCUGACAUCAAGACCUACUAUGGAUCUUUGGUUGAGGCCUUGGUCUCCUUAUUUGCAGGGAUUACUGGUGGAAUUGAUUGGAAUGAUCUCUUGGAACCAUUGGAGAAUCAAAUCGGCCCCUGGCUCGCUGCCUUGUUUGUCCUCUACAUCGCUUUCGCGGUCCUGGCCAUGAUGAAUGUGGUGACAGGAAUCUUCGUGGAGUCUGCCUUGCAAUCAACCAGAGCAGAUGAAGAGAAAGAGGUGAGGCAACAACUGCAGGAGCUCUUCAAGCACGUUGAUGCCAGUCGUGACGGAUUCGUGUGCUGGGAGGACGCUAAAAGGCAUUUGGAGAAGCCCGACAUGAUGCGAUGCUUUGAGAGUUUGGGCUUCAACAUCUCUGAAGCAUAUGGCCUUUUCAAGUUGCUUGACACCGAGCAGUCUGGCAACAUUGAGUGCGAGGAGCUCCUGGAAGGCUGCUUGCGCUUGCGAGGUCCAGCGAAUGCCAUCGAUGUGGCCACUUUGCAGUGGCUGUGGCAGCAAUUCUUUUUGGGAAUUCUUCAUGAAUUUCCCCUGGUCAAAUUUGUUUGA